UCUGUUCUUCCUCCACUAACAGGCGGUGGUGGUGUAGCCAUGGGAAUGUACAAUCUUGACCAGUCUAUCAAGGAGUUUGCCCACAGUUCCUUCCAAAUGGCACUGUCUAAAGGCUGGCCCCUCUACAUGAGCACCAAGAACACCAUUCUGAAGAAAUACGAUGGCCGCUUUAAAGAUAUCUUCCAAGACAUCUAUGACAGAGAAUACAAGUCCCAGUUUGAAGCCAAGAAGAUCUGGUAUGAGCAUAGGCUCAUUGAUGACAUGGUUGCUCAGGCCCUGAAAUCUGAAGGAGGCUUUGUCUGGGCCUGCAAGAACUAUGAUGGGGAUGUGCAGUCUGACUCUGUUGCACAAGGUUAUGGCUCUCUGGGGAUGAUGACCAGUGUGCUGAUCUGCCCUGAUGGCAAGACUGUUGAAGCAGAAGCUGCUCACGGCACAGUUACUCGUCACUACCGCAUGCACCAGAAAGGCCAAGAAACCUCCACUAACCCCAUUGCCUCCAUCUUCGCAUGGACAAGAGGACUUGCUCACAGAGCUAAGCUGGACAACAACACUAGCCUCAAGAACUUUGCCGUUGCCCUGGAAGAAGUCUGUGUUGAGACCAUUGAAUCUGGCUUCAUGACAAAGGACCUUGCUGCCUGUAUCAAAGGUCUGCCUAAUGUCACACGCUCUGAUUACCUGAAUACCUUUGAGUUCGUGGACAAGCUUGCUGAAAACUUGAAGCAGAAGUUGGCCUCUCUGCCCAGACUUUAAGGCAUGGGUUCUACUCAAGCUCCCCUAACAAAGUGUCUCCCACCUACACUCUGAUGUAAGUGGUGCUGUAUCACAUUUUAUGUAGCAUUUCAAAUACUAGACAAAAAUGAAGAUAGACACUUUUUUAAAUUUUUAAAAGAUCACAUUUUAAACCCUUUGAGUUGCCGGGCUAGGCCUUACUUUUGCUAAGCAGAUGAAUGUGAUAGUAUUCAAGCUCAGUGUGGGUCUGCAUUC